AUGGGCUUCAGAGGGGCCGCUCUAAAGUCAACAGUAAACCGCACAAUACGGAAAGGGACCCCAGCCCGCAGCCACCCGCUGUGCGGCGCCGAUGUGGGCAACGCCCGCCUUCAGGGUCGCGGCGGAGGCAGGGUGGCCCUGGGGGCGCCCUUCCCGCCCUCCCGGGCCUCCCCUGCCUGCCGCCGCCCCUCAUCCAGCCUUGGGCCUACGGGGGAUGGCAGAGGAGAAGGGGACCCGGAAACACUGACGUCCACUAGGAACCCACCUGCCCGCGGGCUCCCAGGGGUGCGCGGCCGGGAGAGGGCGGCCGCCCGCCUCCUUCCCCAUCCGGGGCGCCGGGGUCGCGACGGCGAAGGAACACUUCCGGGUCCCCCACCUCCUCCGCGGCCAGAGCGUCCUUCUCCGCCCAGGGAGCGCCGCGAGGACGCUGCUGCCCCCUGCUGGUUGCUCGCCCUGCGCCUGGUUUCUGUUCCAAAAUUUGACAAGAUUCCUUGGCUUAGUGAGGCCAGCUUCACAAACAAGCCAUUAGUGCUCAGCCUUCCCAAAAGGUCUCCUCAGUCCUCUACGACUUUCCUGAUUUCAUCCAAGAAGGAUUUGAAUUUGCCAUUUUUGUUUCAAGUUCCAGAUGCCUCAUCUAAGGUGAGCGGGAGCCAGAGUAACCCCAUGCUGCUCAGAAACAGGCGGCUGUGCUCCACAUGUCGAGAAAUGAAACUGGUGCAACCAAGAACUAUGCUCAUCCCAGACGACCUGAAACUUUCCUUUGAGAAUUUUAUGAGUCAUAGGACGAUGGGCCUUCACCCAUCAAGAGCGAAGACUGUACCCAAACCUCCCCAUGAUGACAUCCUGACAGAGAACAUUCACUACCGACUGCCCGUCCUGGGCCCUAGGAUAGCUGUCUUCCAAGACCUGUUCUCAGACGCCUACAAAACUCUGCAGGAGAGGCAGCCCUCUUCCUUGCCCAGAAAGGAGUCAGUCAGCAAGACAAUGAGGCGGUGAGUGAUCAUCUGAGCUCAUCUCACCCAGGCUUCCAGGGAGAAAACAACCUCAACAAGCCAGCUUCCGACACUGGGGCUCUCUCCUCAUACUUUCCUCCUGUUUCCAAUAACGUGACUAAAUCUUGCCUUUCUUAAGAGUUGCUGGUAUUGUAGCUCUUGUUACUAUCUUCUCACCUACUUCUCCCAAAGACAAAAUGGCUUAAUUACAUGAUUAUAAAAAUUUAUUGAUUGAAACAGAGCCAUGGAAGUGUAUCUCCUUUUAUUUGGUUAAAUUUUCUUAGCCAUGUUGUAAUAGACAAUACUCUUCUGUUUCUAAGACCUGAGUAUUUUGUGAAGGUUAUUUCAGCUCUUCCUUCAGGGCAGGGAGCUGGAGACGGCCCCAGGGGAUACCGUAUGAAUUUAGUUUGUUAAGAAGGAAGGAGAGAAAUGGAGGUCACCCUUCGGUGCUUAUCUCUGUCAGUUUAUGCUGGUAAAUGACAGGAUACUUUGAUGCAAAACUGGAAAAUGGCAAGUGAUCAAUUGUUGCAACCCUCAAGGACAGAAACUGUGCCUUGCCUUGCCCUCCCCAGUCACCUCCUUUCCUGCCUUGCAUGUAUCAGAUAUUCAGCUAAUCUUUGCUCAUUCAAAUCCAUGCCAAGUGCUUGUGUUUUCUAGCUCGGUUACCUUGGUGCGAGGAUGUACGCCCCCACAUCUGUCCUAGACCACGUGUCAGCAGUAUGAGGGAGUCAAAGGAAAACUCGAGGCUUUCAAAUAUUUUAUUUGUGGGCACAUAUGCUCUGUGCUCAGCUUCAGAAAGGCUCAUAUAAAAAAGACCCCUUCCAUUCCUUAAGAGACAAUGGCCUUGUGGAAUCCCAGGAUCGUGACCGAAUGCACACUCACCAACAGGUGAGAACCGACCUGUGUGCUGAGUCUAUCUGAAGAAUGGGCUUCAGAAAUCUAGAUCAAAUGGCCUGGUGCCUAAACAGACCUCCUAUGAUUCUUGGCUUCACUCCAGUUCAAGAACUCCAACAACAGUGUGCACUUCCUGUCAAGGUGAAGGCUGUGUGCAUUGAUCUGAUCCCAUUUCAUAUAAUUGUCGAAAAAUAAACAUGUCACAGGUAAAAGUUUUCUUGUUUGGAUUUUUGCAAAUAUAACAUAUCCAGUAACAAGAUGUGGGGUACCUAUACUCAUGCCAUUAAGGGGGAUGCAUGCCCAAAAAACAAUUAUUUGGAGCUUUUGAGAUAAUCUGAAUA